AUGGAGCCCCCAGCAACGGACAAGGCCCUCAGCGCGCACGAUGGCGGCGACACGUCUCCGAUCGUCGUGGAAGACGACGACAAUGACAAUGUCGAGCUCACGGGCGCCGAAAAGGCCCUGGAGCGGCGUCUGCGCCUCAAGGUCGACCUGCGCCUGUGCACCAUUGCGGGGAUCCUCUGCUCGCUCAACCUGCUCGACUCGGGCGUCCUGGGCUCGGCCUCGGUCACGUCCAUGAUUGACGACCUGGAGCUGUACGGCAACCGGUACAGCGUCAGCAUCUUUGUCUUUACCAUUGCCUCGAUUGCCCUGCAGCUGCCGUCCACCAUUGCCAUCCGCACCUUUGGACCGAGGCUCUGGCUCGCCGGCAUCACGUUUCUGUUUGGCCUCAUCACCAUGUGCUCGGCCUUUGUGACGACGUGGAAGCAGAUGAUUGCGCUGCGUGUGCUGUUGGGUUUCGCCAUGAGCGGGAUCUAUCCCGGAUUGACGUAUUUGAUCUCGACGUGGUAUCCCCGGAAAGAGCAGCAGACGCGAUUCGCAUUUCUGCAAUCUGGCGAAGUCAUUAUCCUCGCAACUGGCAGCAUUGUCAACUACGGCCUCAACACGCUAGACGGACGUGGAGGAUUGGCCGGCUGGAGGUACAUGUUCCUUGUGCAGGGCCUCAUCAGUAUGGUGAUUGGCGUAAUCACGUACUUUUGGAUGGUCGACUUUCCCGAGCAAGCUCACAAGUCCAUCUGGUUCUUGACAGAGGAAGAGCAGCGCCUGGCAGUGCAACGCAUCAACAGAGACCGCAAGGAUGUGGAAAUUGAGCAAUUUGCUUGGGCCAAGGUGUUGGUGCACGCGAGAGACCCCAAAGUAUACGCCUUUGCUGUCUUGUUCUUCCUCCUCAACCUCGUCUCCACAUCAUUGUCUUAUUUUCUGCCCAUCAUUCUGCAGAGUGGCAUGGGCUUUGACGAAAAUCAGGCAAUCUUGCUCUCUGCGCCGCCAUACUAUUAUGCCGUGAUUCCAGUCAUAUUGUCCUCCAUCGUGGGAGACAAGUUCCGCUUGCGUGGGCCUGUCAUUGUGUUCAAUUGUCUUUGCUUGAUUGCUGGCUUCGUCAUGCUGGGAUUUGCAAGCCAGGUUACUGUACGAUAUGUUGGCUGUUUCCUGGCUACGGGUGCCUACAUAUCCAACUGGGCCGCAUUGAAUGCAUACCAGGCGAACAAUGUUGUUGGGCAAUGGAAGCGCGUCUUCACUGCAGCCGCAGUAACGGCAAUGAACGGAGCCGGAGGCAUUGCCGGUAGCUUCAUUGUUAGGAAUAAUGAAGCACCGCGCUACAUCACGGCCGUGUGGGUUUCCAUCGGCUCGCAUAUCCUCAUGAUCGUACUCGUGGCUGGACUAUCUGUUUUCUUCUUGGCCCAGAACCGGGCCGCACGGGUUGGUAAGCAGACGCUGGAGAACGUGCAAGGCUUCAGAUACACCUUCUAG